CUUAGCAUUUCGUCAUGAAGGUGACACUCCUCAGGGUCGGCAAGUACAAAGAGAUCGAGGAAGGCCUCCACGACGUGGACUGCUCCGUGACUCUCGUUGAAUUCGGCAAGUUCAACAUCCUGUACGAUACCGGUGGUGCAUGGGCUCUUUCCGAACUGCUUGAGUCGCUCGCGACGUCUGGCUUGUCUGCUACCGACAUCACGCAUGUCAUCGGGUCACAUGGUCAUUCAGACCACAUUGGUUGUCUUUCAGCAUUCCCCCACGCCUUUCACUUUAUUGGUGGAGACGCCAACUUGCGCAACAAUUAUUCGACCCUUGAAUCCUCGGACUCAAGUAGCGUCGAUACUGCUCGGUUCUUUCGCAAUGAAAUGUUCACUGGUGGCAAGUUCCACCACUGGGGCGCCAACGGCAUUCCCCUAGACGAUCCUCGCGGAAAGUACGGUAGUAUUCGCCUUGUCAAAACACCAGGGCACACGAGCCAAUGCACGUCGCUGUUGCUUGAACAUCAAGACGGAGGUAUCGUGUUGGAUGGUACGUCGUUUUCGCGCAUUGCCAUCGUUGGUGACCUGUGGGACUGCGUCGACGAUGAAGACUACUAUCGCACUAUCUCUCAGCUACCUCUUGUCCAAGAGGAGAGCCGAUCCUUCGUGUUGAAAUGGGGUCCCGAUUGCAUCAUCCCUGGCCAUGGAGCUCCAUUCGCGCCUUCUGACUUGGGUUAGGUCAGGUCGAGCACUCAUCGCAAUAAUACGAAAAAAUGAUCGACACCAGGUCCAUUUUUCGUCGAUAUAUGCCAACUGUCCCAAGAAAUUUCAAUGUGAGGCCAAAUCACUUGUGUAUUUUACCCGAUUGUUGCAAAAAUACCAUCCCAA